AAUUGAUUUUAAGGAUAAAGAAACAAAUCAGAGAGCAAUUAAGUCCGAGGCAUGUUCCAGCUUUUAUUUUACCCAUCGCGGACAUCCCGUACACGAUAAAUGGUAAGAAAAUCGAAACUAUCGUAAAACGCAUAAUUUCCGGGGAGGCAAUCACUCCGUCUGAGACUAUCGCAAACCCCGAAA